UUAAUCCUCUGCCCAAUUGUAGAGCAGCAAGCAUUUACUCAAUAGAAGAUGACAGUUGAGUUCAGUUCUAAUUAAGUGGACCCACGAUGUAAUUUUCUUGCACUAUAUAAUAGGGUCAUAUAGUAGACAUUCUUGCAUGUCCAACGUUUUAUUAUUCUUUUCAUUGAGUGUUUAAGCAAUAGGAGUCAUAAUGAGUUUAUUACUUUCUGCUCGUAGUGUUGGUGUUUUUAUUCUCUUGCUUGUGUUUGUUGUUGGAAAUUUUGUUUUUGCUGAUGAUGUUAAUGGAGUUGAAGAUGAAAAAAAUCUAUUUAGGCAUCGUCGUUUUGGUGAUCGCAUUGGUGGGGGUUUAGGACAUGGGAUUUAUAGUAAAGGGUUUAGACACGGUGGAGGUCUUGGCGGAGGAGCUGGUGGUGGUCUAGGUGGAGGCGCAGGUGGUGGCUUAGGAGGUGGAGGUGGUCUUGGUGGUGGUGCUGGUGGUGGAUUAGGAGGAGGUGGUGGUCUUGGAGGGGGUGCUGGUGGUGGCGGCGGUUUAGGUGGCGGUGCAGGUGGUGGUGUAGGAGGCGGAGCUGGAGCUGGUGGUGGUCUUGGAGGUGGUGCAGGUGGUGGGGGUGGAUUAGGUGGUGGUGGUGGUGUAGGAGGCGGUGCAGGUGGUGGUGUAGGAGGUGGUGCGGGUGCGGGUGGUGGCAUUGGUGGGGGUGCAGGUGGUGGUGGUGGUUUAGGAGGAGGUGGUGGAGCUGGAGGAGGACUUGGUGGAGGUGUUGGAGGUGGAGCUGGCGCUGGUGGUGGAGUAGGUGGAGGGAUUGGAGGCAUUGGAGGAGGAGCAGGAGGAGGUGGUGGAGCAGGAGGAGGCAUAGGUGGAGCAGGUGCCGGUGCAGGGGGUGGUUUUGGUGCCGGUGGUGGUAUUGGUGGAGGCGCUGGUGGCGGGGGAGGCUUUGGUGGAGGAGGAGGUGGUGGCAUUGGUGGUGGUGCAGGUGCAGGAGGAGGUUUUGGAGCAGGAGGAGGCUUUGGGGCCGGAGCAGGUGUCGGUGGUGGAGGCGGAGUAGGAGGUGGUGGUGGCGGCGGCUUUGGUGGUGGAGGAGGCCUUGGUGGUGGUCUUCAUUGAUCAACAAAGCUUUGUUGUUCUUGCAUGAAAUAAUUAAGCAUGCAAUACUAUUAAUGUACUCCUAUGUACUCUUGGAAGUAUCUUAUUUGCUCGUCUCAAGUGGUUAAUGACCUUUACCUUUUAUUAGUUGUUAUUCUUUUGUGAAACUUGUUAAAAAAUGGUACUCCUAGUAAUUAAACAAGUCUAUAGCUAUCACAUUUACAAUGUGGUUUUGGUUGAGGCAAAGCAAAAGCUUCUGUCCAUCUUGCUUGAGAAAAGCUCAUGGACUAUAUAGUUGUAAUGGCCGAUCUCGUCAUUAAUAAUAUAAUUAUGUUGCCAA